GCAUAUGCUGAAAGGAAGAUGAAUUCUGAAUGUCAGUUGAAUGAAGAAAUUAUGGAGCACUCUAGGAGAGUAUUUCCCUCUGUGGUAAAAUACAUUGUAGAUAUGCUUAUAUGGGAAGAAGAGAAGGAACUGCCUCCGGAGCUCACAUUUAGUAGAGAGAAGGUAGACAGCUACUACUGUGUCCUUUUCAAUGAUGAACAUCAUUCUUACGAUCACGUCAUCUAUAGCCUGCAAAGGGCACUUGGCUGCGAACUUGGUGAAGCCCAGUUGCAUACUACUGCCAUAGAUAAAGAGGGUCGUAGAGCUGUUAAGGCAGGAAAUUAUGCCUCUUGUCAUGAAGCAAAAGAAGAAAUCAAGAGGCAUUCUGAAAAUGUUUCUCAACGACCACUUCAUGUGGAGGUUCUGCAUGCUGAUGUUAUGGCUCACCAGAAGUUUGCCUUGCGCCUUGGUUCUUGGCUGAACAAACUCAUGAGCUAUUCAAGUGACUUUCGCCAGAUCUUUUGUCAAAUAUGUCUUAAAGAAGAAGCUGGGUCUGAAAAGCCAUGCUUCAUAAGCAAGUUGAUGCUAUGGGAUGCAAAGCUUCAUAAAGGGGCAAGGAAGGUUCUUCAUGAACUUAUCUUCAGUAGUUUUUUCAUGGAAAUGGAAUACAAAAAACUUUUUGCUGUGGAAUUUGUGAAGUAUUACAAGACAUUGCAAAAAGAAUACAUCAGUGAUGAUCAUGACAGAGUUCUCUCUGUGACAGCACUCUCAGUUCAGAUGUUCACCGUACCUACUCUGGCCCGACAUCUUAUUGAAGAGCAAAAUGUAAUCACCAUCAUUACAGAGACACUCCUAGAAGUGCUUCCAGAGUAUCUAGACAAAAAUGACAAGUUCAACUUCCAAGGUUACAGUCAGGACAAACUGAACCGGGUAUAUGCAGUAAUAUAUGACCUCAGGUAUGUCUUAGUCAGCAAGCCUACAUUAUGGACAGACCGUCUGAGGGAGCGGUUUUUAGAAGGAUUUGUUUCUUUCCUAAGGAUUCUAACUUGCAUGCAGGGAAUGGAGGAGAUAAAAAGACAGAUUGGUCAGCACAUUGAGGUGGACCCUGACUGGGAAGCAGCUAUUGCUAUACAGAUGCAGCUCAAGAACAUUCUUUUGAUGUUCCAGGAGUGGUGUGCCUGUGACGAAGAGCUGUUGCUCAGGGCCUACAGUGAAUGUCAUAAAGCUGUGAUGAGGUGCAGCACAAAUGGCCGCUUACGGGAAAAAACAGUGUUUCACUUGUGUGGCCAUACUCUGGAGAGCAGACCUUACAGAGUGUCUGCAGAUCCUGUCAGUAUACAUUUACCGCUGUCUAGGACUCUUGCUGGUCUUCAUGUACGAUUAAGCAAGACUGGAGCCAUCUCAAGACUGCAUGAGUUUGUUUCUCCUGAAGAAUUUCAAGUGGAGCUGCUAGUAGAAUAUCCUUUGCGAUGUCUUGUCUUGGUUGCUCAGGUUGCUGCAGAGAUGUGGAGAAGGAAUGGGCUCUCCCUCAUAAGCCAGGUAUUCUAUUAUCAGGAUGUUAAAUGCAGAGAAGAGAUGUAUGAUAAAGACAUCAUCAUGCUACAGAUAGGUGCAUCUCUUAUGGAUCCAAACCAGUUCCUCCUGCUGAUGCUGCAGAGAUAUGAGCUUGCUGAUGCUUUCAAAAAGAUCAAGCCUACCAAAGAUCAGGAUUUGAUCAAACAAUGUAAUGUGCUAAUAGAAGAGAUGCUGCAGAUUCUCAUCUAUGUUGUGGGCGAAAGAUAUGUGCCUGGAUUGAGUAAUGUGACAAAAGAAGAUGUUGUAAUGAGAGAAAUCAUCCAUCUGUUAUGUAUUGAACCAAUGGCUCACAGUGCAAUUACCAAGUCCUUGCCUGAAAAUGAGAACAAUGAAACUGGCUUGGAGAGUGUAAUUGAUAAAGUGGCUACAUUUAAGAAACCAGGUGUGUCUGGCCAUGGAGUUUAUGAACUGAAAGAUGAAUGCUUGAAGGAGUUCAAUAUGUUCUUUUAUCACUAUACUAAGACCCAGCACAGCAAGGCUGAACAUACACAAAAGAAAAGAAGAAAACAGGAAAACAGAGAUGAAGCAUUGCCACCACCUCCUCCUCCACACUUCAGUCCUGCAUUCAGCAACGUGGUGAGGAUUCUGAACUGUGAUGUUAUGAUGCACAUACUGCGGACCAUUCUUCAGAGAGCAGUAGAACUGGAAACCCACUUGUGGACUGAAGCUAUGAUCCAAAUGGUGCUUCAUCUCCUCUCUUUAGGAUUACUAGAAGAGAAGCAGCAGUUACAGAACUCUCCAGAAGAAGAAGUAACCUUUGAUUUUUAUCACAAAGCAACAAGAAUGGGAAGCUCAGCCUUGAAUGCUGUGAGUGUGUUAAUGCUUCUGGAAAAAUUGAAGAGAGUGCCUCAGCUAGAGGCACAGAAGGACACAGUCAAUUGGAUACUACAGAUGUUUGACACAGUGAAAAGAUUGAGAGAAAAAUCUAGUUUGACAACAGUAACAGCUACAUCAGGCUCAGAAGCUACAAAAGGUGAUGAGACACAGAGCACUCAGGAUAAAGAGAAAGCUGAGCGGAAGAGAAAGGCAGAAGCAGCUAGGUUGCACCGUCAGAAGGUAAUGGCCCAGAUGUCUGCACUGCAGAGGAAUUUCAUUGAAACCCAUAAGCUCCUGUAUGAAAACACACUGGAGGCGCAAGGGAAAGAAGAUACUAUUAUGGAGGAAGAAAGUCAGCUUCUGGUACUAACUAACAAAGAAGGUCUGGUUGGGGAUGUGAAGGUUGGGGGCAACCUUGGCUGCAGUGACCACAAGAUAGUGGAGUUCAGGAUCCUGCCCAGAGGAAACAAGGCAAUAAGUAGGAUCACAACCCUGGACUUCCGGAGGGCUAACUUUGGCCUCUUCAAAGACCUGCUUAGAGGAAUCCCAUGGGCUACGGCUCUAGAGG